CAUUCAUGAUAAAUAGAGAGACUUCCCAAAAACCGAAGAUCUUUUCUCUUUCCACCUCUCCAGUCUUCCAGUUUCAGUCUGCUACUGUCGUCUUCACCUUUGGUCGCUCUUUUGACAUCCACACCCACUCUCGUUCACCAAAACCUCAAGCCUUGUGCUCUCUCCUUCAUUCGUUCAGGGGAGAAGUUAGGCAUCCAUUCGCUUUUUCCAAGACCAAGUCCCUUCGGAACGGGAAAGAAAAAAAAAGAACAAACAUCACCAUGGCCUCCAUGACCCUCAAGGCCUCCGUGGCCGUCGCCUUGGCUCUGUCCCAGACGGCCCUCGGCGCCUUGUUCCCCGCCAACAUGUACGAGCGUUCCGAAAUCGAGGCCAUGCCGCUCGAGAAGCGCGGCGCCGUGAGCCAAUGGCAGCUCUGGGACAAGGGGGAGAUUCCCUACAUCCUGGAGGGCCUCCAGCACGACCUGUCUGACAAGAUCCGCGAUGCCAUGCGAGCUUGGGAGCAGAACACUUGUAUCCGUUUCCUCCCCAAGAAGGAUCAGUCCGCUUGGGUCAACUUCAAGAAGUAUGACGAGGGCUGCUACUCUCAGAGACUGGGAUCUCCCGACAAGGGAGAGGUCCAAGUGAACUUUGACUACCCCAAUGCAUGGGAGCAGAUCAUUAGCCUCGGUACCUUCAAGAAAUGCUCGGCCCCCGGCACGGCCGGUCAAACGCUUGGACAUGUCAUUGGUCUUAUCAACGAGCAGCAGCGUCCCGACCGCGAUGAUUUUAUUGAAGUCUUGGAGAACCGCAUCAAGAAGGAGUUCCUGGACCAGUUCACCAUCAACCCCGACGCCAACGCGUCCGUCCCCUUUGACUACAACUCCAUCAUGCUGUACGACCGCAAGGCGUUCGCCAAGCACAACGGCUGGACCUGGCUCGUGGGCGAGCUGAGCCUGAAGGACACCAUGAAGUCGAAGACGGAGAAGAAGAUCAACCCGUGGGACACGCCGACGGCCAACGACUACGCCGCCGUCAACGGCGGCUACGCCUGCCCGGAAUACUUCAGGCGCUCGAUCCCCGAGUGCCGCGCCGGCUCCAUCCCCGCCGACGGCGAGCACUCCUCCUACAGCUUCCUCCUCGACCACUGGACGGAGAAGUACAUGCGCGACAACGGCUACACCCACGUUGCCGCCCACCAGAACUGCCGCUCCGACGUCCUCGGCCAAGACACGAACAACUGGGGCUUCACCCCGCUCAACGGCUCGGGCCCCAACGCCCAGUACAAAAUCACCGUCGACCGCUGCAAGAAGGACUUUGACCGCCACGCCAGCCGCUACGAGGUCGCCCUUUGCAGAGGGCCCGACGAGGGAACCUGCGAGGUCAAGUGCGGCCUGCGCCGCGUGUGCCCCAUUGAUGCCGACGGAAAGCAGGUCGACAGCAAGGCCAUUGACAUUGUGGACGACGCCCUCUGGGUCUGCCACGCCCACUAAAUCAUGACUGCAGUUCGUGACUCGAAAACAAACAAAAACGAAACGAGUUCAGCUCCAUGGAGUUCAGGUGGAUGGGUGUAUGAUCGAAAUAAUGGGUGGUCGGUCGGUCGGUCGGUCGUCAGCUUUAGAAGGGGGGAGGUUUAGGUUUUACUUUCAGCACGAGGACAUGCCGCGGAAUAGAAUAAAAGUUCUUGAUAUCUAUAACUAUAUACC